AGUGCCGCUGAGGAAGUUCAAGUCCAUCCGUGAGACCCUGAAGGAGAAAGGCUUACUGAAGGAGUUCCUGAAUACCCACAAGUAUGACCCGGCUCUCAAGUACCGCUUCGGCGACUUCAGUGUGACCUACGAGCCCAUGGACUACCUCGACCUGUGGGCAGCCCUGCCCUCGCCAGCUGACUUCCACCCGGCCAUCCCCUGCACUACCCACAACCGCUUCAACCCCAGCAAGUCCUCCACCUUCUACACCUACGACCAGACCUUUUCCCUGGAGUACGGCAGCGGCAGCCUCACCGGCUUCUUUGGCUACGACACCUUCACUAUCCAGAACAUCGAGGUCCCCAACCAGGAGUUCGGUCUGAGUGAGACGGAGCCCGGCACCAACUUCCUGUACGCGGAGUUUGAUGGCAUCAUGGGCCUGGCCUACCCCUCUCUGUCCGUGGGGGACGCCACCCCGGCCUUGCAGGGCAUGGUGCAGGACGGCACCAUCAGCAGCAGCGUCUUCAGCUUCUACCUCAGCAGCCAGCAGGGCACUGACGGGGGUGCGCUGGUGCUCGGGGGUGUGGACAGCAGCCUGUACACAGGGGACAUCUACUGGGCCCCUGUCACCCGAGAGCUCUACUGGCAGAUUGGCAUUGACGAGUUCCUCAUCAGUAGCGAGGCCUCCGGCUGGUGCUCCCAGGGCUGCCAGGCCAUCGUGGACACGGGCACUUCUCUGCUCACCGUGCCUCAGGAGUACAUGAGUGACCUGCUGGAGGCCACAGGGGCCCAGGAGAACGAGUAUGGAGAGUUUCUUGUGGACUGUGACAGCACAGAGAGCCUGCCCACCUUCACCUUCGUCAUCAACGGCGUGGAGUUCCCUCUGUCCCCCUCCGCCUACAUCCUCAACACUGAUGGCCAAUGCAUGGUGGGAGUCGAGGCCACCUACCUGUCCUCCCAGGACGGCGAGCCCCUUUGGAUCCUCGGGGAUGUCUUCCUCCGGGCCUACUACUCCGUCUUUGACAUGGCCAACAACCGGGUGGGCUUUGCCGCUCUUGCCUAGACUGGCAGCCCGGAUAGCACACCCAGCUCCUUCUUCCCUCGGCCCCGUGCCCUGUGGAGUGGGAGUGGUCUCCCUGUGUUUUCUCUGUGCAUUCCUCCUCUGGGCUCUGGAUUUUCCCUAAUAAUAAACAGUUCUUCACGUUG